AUGACAUUUGUGACAACUAUUACUGGCUUUGCCGCUUUUGGUGUCGCCGUUAGAGCUUAUGCGUUGGCCCUUGAAAGGAGGCCCGUUUUUGACAACCCAAUAACACAUGUAUUUACAGCAGCAUUCUUCGGAGGAGUCGGUGCAUAUAUAUAUAAUGCUGAACAAAGACAAGUUGAAUUAAUUGAAAAACGUAAGCAAGUGUUAUUAGCCAAUAGAAAGCGUAGACUUGAAUACGAUGAGGCUAAGGCUAUGAGUGAAGUUGAUCCAGAAUGCGAUGGUACGAUACCUCGUAGACGUAUUCACGCUAUAGUCGUUAUAGUGAUGGCGGGUAUUACUCCAUUCACUUUUGAACCUGACCCUGGAAUAUAUAUUUCAAGAACCUCUCGUUAA